AUGCCUGAGACUGCAGAGUCCCAUUCUGCCACCCUCACUACCAACCGCAACUGCACCGUAGAGAUCACUAAUGUCAGCUCUAACUACUGUCUCGUCAACCCAAAGGUCUACAUGGAAAGUGGCUUCUGCUACAACCCUCCACAGCCCACUGUGCGCACCACCAAGACUGAGGUGUGCUCCUUCACUAAGGACGACAACACAGCAUCAGGUGCUGUGGGUGUCAUGACCUACGAGCUGUUUGAUAUGCGCAGUCGCCACUGCAACGAGCUGAUAGCUGUCAUGUUCUCUGUGCCGUUCGACUAUAACUUCUACAAGAACUGGCUAGGGGUGGGCAUCUUUGAGCACACACGAGCCUGCGACAAGAAGCUGUAUAACCUGAUGUACAAUGACAAGGAUUUCACCAACUUUGCACGUCAUGAGGCCAAUGGUGCAGGUGUGGUGUACCAGGGGAGGGUGGUGGACGUGAGGGCCUGCAUGUCUGAUCAGGGCAGGGCUAUGAUUAAACUGGAGGUGUAUGACAGGAUGGGGAGAUGA